GGAAGGAGUGUAGACUGUGGCCAACGAGAUUUAAAAUGCAGAGCCUACAGGAGAAGGCCUCGGAGUGGAGCGGAGUCUCCCAAAACGACGCCUUUGAAAUCGACAACACCAAUCUCUUUCAGAAAUUGGGCCUUCAGACCUUCAUCAACCUCUCCACCAAUUUCUACACCAGGGUUUAUGACGAUGAAGAGGAAUGGUUUCGUUUGAUUUUUGCUAAUUCUAAGAAAGAAGAAGCAAUUCAGAAUCAAUAUGAAUUCUUUGUACAGCGAAUGGGAGGGCCCCCUUUAUAUUCCCAAAGGAAAGGCCAUCCAGCGCUGAUUGGACGUCAUCGGCCAUUCCCCGUCACCCACCAAGCUGCGGAGAGGUGGUUGCAUCACAUGCAACAAGCACUGGAUGGUGUCACAGAAAUUGAUGCAGAUUCAAAAACCAAAAUGAUGAAUUUUUUCAGGCACACUGCUUUCUUCCUUGUGGCUGGAGAUGAGUUGAAGAAUCGUAACCAAGGAGUUCCCUGUAAGCAUGGAGCCAGCAAACCAGCUGCAGUAUGACAUAAUUUCUUGCUUCCAUUUUCAGAAGAACACAUUUAAGAUUUUACCAUUUAAAAACUGCUUUGAUCUUAUUAUUAUAAAUGUGAAAAAGGGAUAAAAUUUUCACAGCCUUCAUAUCAAGAAAAAUCUUGAAAAGUGAAUGUUUACAUCCAUAUCCAGAUUGAUUCACAAUAUCUAAUUAUAGGUCUGGGUUCUUGAGAUUAUUGAACAUUUGCUUUUAUCUUAUUGCAUUUUGGGAGCUUGCCUGUA